UUGCCAUCCUCCUCAGUUCGCUUUCUUCACUCAAGUGAUGCGUUGAAUUGCUGUUAGUUGUGCAGAAAUUACAAACAUGUUUGGAAACAGCACCGCGAUUUACUCCUACAGAAUUCUUCCGCUGCUAAUAAUACUGCUCACGAUCUCCACAUCUGUUCGUCCAGAGGAUGCGGGGCAAGCUGUAAAUUUAGGAUUUGGUUUGGAGCUGAUUCUCGCCAAAUUGGAACAGUUAGAACUCAAAAUGAUUACGCUGGAAGUGCAGAAUCGGAAUCUCACGGAGCAGUUGACUAGAGCGUUAGCCGCUCCCAAACAAUGCGCGGAAGAACCGGUUAAAGUUGUCCAAGUGAAGGAAAAACCACCGGCGGCAGUGGCUGUGGCGGUAAAAAAUGAGAACGAAAAUGCUGUGAGAAACGAGGAGGAGCAACCGGAGAUUGACGAAAGUGAACUUUACACCUCGUGUUCUGAAGUUCCGGCCAAAACAUCGGCCAUAUAUCUCAUCAAACCGUCCGAAAAAAGGAAGCCAUUCAACGCGUCUUGUGUAACGAAUUAUUUCGGAGAUGGGUGGACUUUCAUACAGCAUCGAAUGAAUGGUUCGGUGGAAUUUUACAGGAAUUGGAAAGAUUACAAAAAUGGGUUUGGCAGUCUGGAGGGAGAAUUUUGGUAUGGCUUGGAUAAAAUACAUUUGCUGACAAGUACUCGGAAACACGAGAUAUAUUUUGAACUAGUAGAUCACAAGGGUCUAUUGAAGACCGCCAGGUAUAAUCUGUUUGAAAUCAGCAGUGAAGAGGAAGGAUAUGCAAUUAAACAGUUGGGCGCAUUUAGUGGAAACGCUGGUGACGCGUUGGGAUAUCACAAAGGUAUGAAGUUCAGCACAUAUGACCGUGAUAAUGAUGAAUUCACAACGAAUUGCGCUAAAAAGUACCGUGGAGCGUGGUGGUACAAAUCGUGUUACAAAAGCAAUCUCAACGGCAGAUACGUAAGCGGCCGCAACGAUCAAUCCAUGUGUUGGAAUACAUUCAGCAUGGCCAACGAAGGCUUGGCUAUAUCGAAGAUCAUGAUCCGAGAACUUUGAGUCAUUAGAAUUUGUUCUUGGUUCGCCUUGAACUUGUCCUAUGCCAUAUAAGGCGCUCGCUCACUUCCAAGUGGUUGUUACUUGAAGUGGUUAUU